AUGAACAAUCAUAACGACAAUAAAGCAAACAUAAUUUUCGACGACUUUGAAAAAUCUUGUGACAAUAAUACUCAUAACAUUAAUACUACAAAUGCAAAUGAGCAAGACAGCAACAAUAAGCAAUUAAUAGAAAAUGUUUCAGCAGAGUUUUACAAAGCACUUGAUCGAGGAACCUAUUUUAAACUUCUUCCAGAAAUUAUAACAAAAGCAAUCAAUCGUAAUAAAAGCAAUGAAGCUGAUUUCAUGCAGAAACUUUGCGAUGGAAUUCUUAACAAUACCUAUUACGAAGAUUCUAAUCUGAUCUGUCUAUACGGAUUCUGUAAAGAAUUCGGUUUCAAAAAACCUUCAACAAGCACAACACCCGAACUAUUCAGUUCGCCAAAAGACUACUACCACUACGCAAGCGACCAUGGCAAUAAUAAAUACGCUAAAAACUUUUUAGCACGAAACUACAGGGACGGUACCGGAGGAGCAAAAAUUAAUCUACAUCAAGCAUUCUACUGGGCAAAAGAGUCAGCAGCACUCGGAUUCACAUCAGGACAGUACAAUUUGGGAUACUGUUACAUAAAAGGGAUCGGUGUGGCACCUUCGAACGAGUUGGCAUUGUAUUGGUUUAAAGAAGCGGCCAAAGUUUGUAAUGCUAUGGCGGAAUAUAAUGUCGGAUUUUGUUAUCGAAAUGGAUUUGGGACUGAAGUGGAUAUGUUCAAGGCUAGUUAUUGGUACCAUCGUGCUGCGUCCCAUGAUGAUGGAUUGGCACAAUUUGUGUUGGCAGGCCAAUAUCAUAAGGGUAAAGGCGUGAAUCGUGACGUUCAUAGCGCUAUACGAUUUGGUAUACGCGCUGUAAAAAAUGGGCAGGCAAAUACUAGAUACGCUUUGUACACUAUUCUUUGUAAUGAUCUUAAUUAUUUCUAA